UCCUCUGUCAGACACAUGCACACACCGACACCGAGAGAGGGGCAGGGGAUAUGGGGAGGAAGCCAUGCUGCGCCAAGGAGGGCCUGAACAGAGGGGCGUGGACGGCAAUGGAGGACGACAUCCUGGUCUCCUACAUCAACGAUCACGGCGAGGGCAAGUGGGGAAGCCUUCCCAAACGAGCUGGGCUGAAUCGCUGCGGUAAGAGCUGCCGGCUGCGGUGGCUCAACUACCUCCGGCCGGGGAUCAAGAGAGGCAACAUCUCCGACGACGAAGAGGAGCUCAUCGUCAGGCUCCACGGGCUCCUAGGCAACAGGUGGUCGCUGAUCGCGGGGCGGCUGCCGGGGCGAACAGACAAUGAGAUCAAGAACUACUGGAACACCACCCUGAGCAAGAGGAUGCUGCAGUCCCACGGCGCCGGCUGCUCCAACCAGCCGCAGGCCAAGCCGCCGCCGCCGCUGCAGGCCGGCGGCGAGGCGCAGGCCCCGGCCGAGGGCACGAGCAGCCCGAUCCGGACCAAGGCGCUGCGGUGCACCACCACGGUGCUGGCGGCAGCAGAGGGGUUUCACGAGCAGGGGCGUGCGGCGCCGGAGCACGUCGCCGAGGAGGAUCAGCUGGGGGACUGCCUGUCGAUCGGCUCGAUCGACCUUGAUCUGGAGGGCAUCGAGCUGGGCUUCAUGAUGAGCCCGUGGAGCGGCGGCGGUGCCGACAGCCUGGGCGGUCAGCAUUUCGGUGCUCCCGGGACUGGGGAUGAUGAUCUGGAGGAGCUGCUCGGGCUGGGCGUGGCCGGAGGAGACGGCGACGGCCAUGGCGGACUCGGGGACCUGGAAUUGGCGUGGCUUUGAUGAACGGGCGUAAUGGUCAAAAUGUCAAAUGUGUUUGGCGUGAAUAAUAUAGUUACGUGUAGUAAAUUACGACUUUGCAUACCUCAGUUCAUCAUAUGUGUAACAAAUUACAGGUUGGUGCUGUAAAUAAAGUGCUGCUGCCAAAUAAGCUGGAGUGCCUUGGUCUCGG